CUCUCAUCAACGUGCGCGACCGGCUCUUCCAUGCGCUUUUCUUCAAGAUGGCUGUCACCUACUCGCGCCUCUUCCCGCCCGCCUUCCGUCGUCUCUUCGAGUUCUUCGUGUUGCUCAAGGUGACCGGGGCCCCGAAUCUUGACCCUGGCGGCCGGACCCUUUCCCCCAGGUCUGCGACUUCUGACCCCGCCCGGGGCAGCGCGCCCCUCCCACCCGGUGGCGUAGGCCCGGCCCUACCCGUUGGGACCCUUUCCUUAGGCCUGCCGCCCCCGGCCCCCUACCCAGAAACUCCCACCCGGGAAGGCCCGGGUCUCCCCCGGUUAGUGGCCCCUGAUCCCGACUCCAGAAACUCACUCCCAGCCCCCUCCAGGCCGCACCCCACCCCUCGCCUCGCCCUUCCCAGCGUCCCCCACCUCCGGAGGCCGGAGCCCAGCCCCGUGACCCCCGGCCCUGCCGCCUGGGAUCCUCAGUCCGGGAUGACCGCCUCCCCACUCUCCGAGCCUGGCCUGGCCCCGAACCCCAGACUCGAGGGAUUCCGGGCCUCACCGCCACUGCCCCCUCCCAGAACACACCCCCGGACCGCCCACCUGCACCUCUUCCCUCUCCCCCUUUUUCUUGGGGCUCUUCUCCUCGGGCCCUUCUGCUUGCCUCCACUCGGAUUCUCCCCGCUCUGAACCCCGGGGGGGAAGGUGACCUAGCUGAGGUCACGCCGUGGGGCUUAGUGGCAAAGUCCAGCCAGUGGUGCUGCAGGUGGCUCUGUGAGGGGCCUCCCGUGGACCCGCCCCUUGUCCUCGCUCGGGUGGCAGAGCUCUCGGCUGUUCAGCGGUGCCGGGAGGGCCGGCACAGAUCCCUCCAAGGAGGGGUCUUAACUCAGAGAGGGAGCUCGCUGGGUGCCGAGCCCGGCUGCCUGGAGGGUCUGAGGAAGUGGAGAAAUGGCUGUUUUGUUUCGUGUCCCGUCCUGGAGUGGCCCCCGGGGCGGGGGCCGGGGCCAGGGGUGCUGAUGUCCGAGGAAGCUCGGAUUCCUCGUCUGCAGGAAGGGGGCUGGAGCUGGCGGGCAAGGCGCGUGGGGUGCCGGCUGGGCCAGCUUGGUCGGGAGCCGGCAGCUCUUUGGCGUUGGGUGGCAGCGGUGCGAGCCGUCCCGCAGACCUGGUGCGGGUCCCAGCCUGAAACCCCUGGUCCCGGAGCGGCAGGCGUCCCCUGCGGGGGCGUGGGGGUGGGACUCCGGAGGAUUCCUGAGUCGGCCUUCCUUUACCCCAAUCCUGGAACCCAUGGGCGGCUUGGGGCGUAGGCAGAAGGCCAUGUGAGGCCGUGAUUGGCUUGGGGAACAAAGCACUGUUCCUCCCGACACGCUCAGAAGGAGCCCGUGUCACUCGAGGGGGUGCCCUGUGUGAGGUGGGACCCCCCCGUGGAGCUGAGCUUUCCCUGAGAGCCCGGCCUCAGUGGCUUUGUCUCGCCAAUUCCUGCCCGAGGAGCAGGCCAGGGGUUGGGCUGGCCAAGCAGAUGGGCUGCACAUCCAGGCCGCCUCCCUGGUGUGUGGGGCCGGGUGAGCGGGCUGCCCUCAGCCCCCUGCACCUCCUCUCUCCUUGGGGCUGCGACCAGGAGGCCCUUCAUUCCCCGAGAGCCUGCCUGACCCCUGGCGCCUUUGGUUCCCCUCGUGUGCAAAGGGAGGGCUCGGCUGGCUGAUCUCUGAGGCCGCCUCAAGCUCCAGAAAGCUCUGCUCCUUUGCCUCUCAGCCGCCCAGCUUCUGGGCUCUUGCUACAGAGAUCAAGUUCCCCUUCCAGCCCUGCUCCCCAGCCUCUUCCUGUGGCACCUGUUCCUCUCUGCUCACUGCUGGCGGGAGCCGCCCUUGCCAUCCUCUUUGCCGCCUCGUGCCAGUCUCUGGGCCCAGCGAUGAGUAGGGUGACCAGGAGGAAGGGGGAGAGACGGCAGCCGGCAGGGCAGGGUCUGUGUCACAUCAGGCAGCCUCAGGCUGCGAGGAAGGAGGUGGGUAGCAGAAGCGGCGCAUGCAGAGGCCCUGGAGCUGGCGGGACGGCGCAGCCGUGUGGCUGGUGAGUUGGAGCAUGGGGGUCACAGGGUGCCAGAGGUUGGGGGGCUGGAGCACCCAGGGCCUGUGAGGUGGCCAGGCCAGCUGGCAGGCAGAGGGCAGGAAAGGCCCUGGACAAGACUCCUGAAAUCCUGAGAGCGAGGUGGGCGGGGCUGCUGAGUACACCCUGCUUUCCCCGCGUGGGUAGGGCUGCCCUGUGUGUCUGAUGAUAGGUUGUAGGGGGAGGGAAGCCUGGGCAGACAGCUUGUUCCAUGGUGGGGAAACAAGUCCAGAUCUGGGGCAAGCCUUGUCAAGGGGUGAGAGAGUCUUGGCCUACCUCUGGGGACCCACACACUCAGUCAAGGGUGAUGGACCCCACCUGGGGUUUCAGGACCCGGAUAAGGACAGUGAUGGGGCAGACACCAGUGAGGGGUGCUGGAGGGGGCGCCAGGGUGACAGUGGGGUCAUGGGGGCCACUCAGCGAGGUCAUGGUGCCACCAGCCCCCCGUCCGUUCAAGUGCCCCUGCUCUCGGGGCCCAGCUGGCCCUGCCUGGCGUGUGUUCCAGGUUGAACUCCUGGCUCCACCCCUCCUGGCCGCGUGGUCUCUGUGCCUUGGUUUCCUCAUCUGCAAACUGGGGGUGAUGGCAGGCACGUGUGUCUCCGGGGGAAGUGCUCGGGCAGCCCCUGGCAUCGGGCCAUCCUGCGUGUCAGCACUUUUUGUGGUAUCUCAUCACGUUGUACAGCGUCGUCCUUAUGGCCCAGAGCAGACAGUGUCCCAGACACGGCUCUGCUGGACAUCUGGGCCCAGAGAGCACGACUGGCGCUGUGGGUCAGCUCUCUGACCUCACCCUGCUGUGCUGUGGGUCCCACACUGUCAGGAUUCCCGUCGCCAGCUCCCAGGUCCCCAGACACAACGUUGGGGAGAGGUGCUGGGGGUCCCGAGUGACGCUUGGCCUGUGGCCACGUCUCAGGGCCCUGGCGCAGGCUGGCCUGUGGGAGGCUCUGCAGACGUGGGGGCCUCAGCUGGACUUCCCCACUGCCUCCCCAGCCCCUCCUCCCCAGGCAGGGUCCCAGCUCUGUUCUCAGCUCAGCAUCUGUCUGCCGUGACCUGAACCCCAGGGGCUUGGGAUGUGUAGUCUGUCUCUGCUUAAAUCAGCAGUGCUCUGAUUACCGCCCCGUCAGGACAGGAGCGGGUGCUCUGCUGACCCAGCCCGUGCCCAGUCUGCAGGGCAGGCUCCAGAGAGGAAGCCGGGAGUUCCACGGCCAGCGCUGGCACCACCCUGUGGUGCUCCUGGCAGGGCAUGGAGAGGACGAGGUGCUGGCGGCCCUGCCGGUGGCCGCGUGGCCACCGGAAGUUCACCACACCCCUGAGCAUCAUUGUUGACAGGACAAGGAGCGGCUUCGUACUCUGGUCCCCCACGAUCAUUUGUACCACACAGGGAACUCACCCCGGGAGCGAUGCCCUUGACACGGCGUCCAGGCUGAAGGGUGACACUUGGCCAACCGGGACCCCAUGAGAAACACAGCGGCCCUGUUCGUGCUCUUCGUCCUGGCCUACAUCCACAUCGUCUUCUCCCGCUCGCCCAUCAACUGCCUGGAGCACGUGCGGGACGAGUGGCCGAGAGAGGGCGUCCUGCGCGUGGAGGUGCAGCACAACUCGAGCCGCGCGCCGGUCCUCCUGCAGUUCUGCAGUGGUGGCGGCAGCUUCCCUGGGCUGGCUGUGGGGCCGGGAGGCCUGGAGCUGGGGGGUGAGGACGACGAGGAGGAGCUGACCGUGGAGGUGUUUGGGAACAGCUCUGUCAAGUUUGAACUGGACAUCGAGCCCAAGGUGUUCAAGCCACCAGGUGGCCCCGAGGCCCUAAACGACAGCCAGGAGUUCCCCUUCCCUGAGACGCCCACAAAAGCGUGGCCGCAGGACGAGUACAUCGUGGAGUACUCGCUGGAGUACGGCUUCUUGCGGUUGUCGCAGGCCACGCGGCAGCGGCUUAGCAUCCCAGUCAUGGUGGUCACCCUGGACCCCACGCGGGACCAGUGCUUCGGGGACCGCUUCAGCCGCCUGCUGCUGGCUGAGUUCCUGGGCUACGACGACAUCCUCAUGUCCAGUGUGAAAGGCCUGGCAGAAAACGAGGAGAACAAGGGCUUCCUGCGGAACGUGGUGUCUGGGGAGCACUACCGCUUCGUGAGCAUGUGGAUGGCCCGCACAUCCUACCUGGCCGCCUUCGUCAUCAUGGUCAUCUUCACCUUGAGCGUGUCCAUGCUGCUGCGCUACUCCCACCACCAGAUCUUCGUCUUCAUUGUGGACCUGCUGCAGAUGCUGGAGAUGAACAUGGCCAUCGCGUUCCCCGCAGCGCCCCUGCUGACCGUCAUCCUGGCCCUCGUGGGAAUGGAAGCCAUCAUGUCUGAGUUCUUCAACGACACCACCACGGCCUUCUACAUCAUUCUCAUCGUGUGGCUGGCCGACCAGUAUGACGCCAUCUGCUGCCACACCAACACCAGCAAGCGGCACUGGCUUCGGUUCUUCUACCUGUACCACUUCGCCUUCUACGCCUACCACUACCGCUUCAACGGGCAGUACAGCAGCCUGGCCCUCGUCACUUCCUGGCUCUUCAUCCAGCAUUCCAUGAUCUACUUCUUCCACCACUACGAGCUGCCCGCCAUUCUGCAGCAGAUCCGCGUCCAGGAGAUGCUGCUGCAGACGCCCCCGCUGGGCCCUGGCAGCCCCACGGCCCUGCCAGACGACCUGAACAACAACGGAGGCACCCCGGCUGCCACGCCCGACUCUACCAGCCAGCCCCCUGCCCUGGGCCCUGGCUUGCAGGGUGGUGGCGGAGGCCCUGGGCCCAUGGCUGAGGCACCCAGCUCCCUGGUGGCCGCGGCAGCCUCGGUAGCCGCAGCAGCCAGUGGUGACCUGGGCUGGAUGGCAGAGACGGCUGCCAUCAUCACAGACGCCUCCUUCUUAUCUGGCCUGAGCGCCUCUCUCCUGGACCGGCGGCCGGCCAGCCCCCUCAGCCCCAGUGGGGCGCUCCCUCGGGCCCCCCAGGACAGUGCCCCCACAAGCGACUCCCCAGGGUCUGACACAGCCCCGCAGACCGCUGGGGUGAGUGGGCCCAGCCUUGCGUCCAUGGCUCCAGUGGAUGCGCCCUCAGAGGUCGGCUCCUGA